GGAACCCAUCAAAGUCACAGACAUACCAAAGAAACCCUGGGAUGUCAUAUCUGUAGACUUCAGCGGACCCUAUCCUGACGGUCAUUAUAACCUAGUGGCCAUUGACAAGAGAACAAGAUACCCUGAAGUCAUGAAGACUCACUCGACAGCAUUCCAGCCGACCAUGGAAAAGCUCAAAACCAUGUUUGCCACUCAUGGGACUCCAAGACAGCUACAAAGCGAUAAUGGACCACCAUUUAACUCCAGAGAAUUUGCCGAGUUUGCCAAAACAGAGGGAUUCCACCAUCACCGAGUUACCCCAGAACACGCACGUGCUAACGGAGAGGCGGAAAGCUUCAUGAAACUACUGAAUAAGACUGAGCAGAUCGCUCGUCUCAAUGGGGGAAAAAGCAGUGUAGCUGUUCAAGAGAUGCUGACAGGCUAUCGCUCAACACCGCAUCCUGCUACUGUCGUGCCACUAUAUGAAGCCCUAAUGAACAGACAGAUCAGAACCAAACUAGAUCACCAAGCGAGGGAGUGCAAUGAGAAUCCCCGUGACACAGCCAUCGAUAAGCGGGAUGAGAAAUACAAAGAUAAGAUCAAACAGAAUGCCGAGAACAGGAACACCAAAGAGCACAAUUUCUUAGUCAAAGAUCAUGUCCUGUUGAAACAGAAAAAGAGAAACAAAUGGUCUACCGCAUUUGAACCAGCAUUCUACAGAGUAACUCGAAUAGACGGAUCAAGCAUUGCAGCAAAAAGGAUCACAGAUGGACGCGAAGUGUACCGUGACGCAAGCCAGUUCAAGAUUGCUAACUCACUGAUCCAGGAAAACACCAGCGAAGAAAAUGAAGACCAGGAAGAACAAAAGAACCAAGAGGAUUGGAGAGAGAAGAUUCUACUGAAUGCCAACCCUCACUCAGUCCAGGAGGAGACUAAGGAAAGCAGCGCAAAGGAAGCAGCUAAAACCAACACCAGUGACAAAGCGGACCAUAGCAGACAACCUAUGCCAGCAGCUGCGACCAGACCAAGGCGUGAUCGAAAACGUCCAGAGUAUUUGAAAGACCUUGUCACCUAA